AUGUCAGAAUCAAAAUAUUACAAUCAAGCGCAAAUAUAAAGUCAACUUUGUGAAGAAUAAUAUUCAGAUGAAUAUUAUCAAGCUUAAGCAUACUAUUAACAAUAAAAUCAACCAAAAUAACAACCAACUUUUAUACCUACAUAUUAACCUACAUUUCAACCUGCUUAUUAAACAAUUUAAGGAUGGUAAUAACAAUAGUAUUAGUAACAAUUCUAAUUUUGA